AUGAUAGUGCAUCCUUCAUCGCUGGCUCCAAGGCCUAAAGCUACAUUCCUGGAUCUUCCAUUAGAGCUGCGCCAGCAAGUCUACCAUGAUUACUUUAAAGUCGAUGGCGGUUAUGUCUACGAUGGCGACUCCGACAAACUGGUUCGAGCUGAUGGCCAGCCUAUCAGCAUGUCCCUACGCUAUGCUUGCCGAUCUGUUGCUGAAGAAACAAAGUCAAUCCCGUUCAAGCUCAAUUCCAUCACCUUCUCGGCCCUUUAUCGCAAAGACCUUCAGCAUCAAGCAGCAAUACACAGUAACCUUAUUCGGUUCCAUUCCGUGUUGCUAUCUGAGCUUUUACUACGAAUGAGGUAUUUUGUAACUCCUGAAAUGUUUGAUCAGGUCGAUGAGGUGGCUCCACACUACCUGCAAAAAAUCAAGAGUCGCAUCAGCAGCUGUAUUCGAGAGGAUGAAUACGAGGAUUCCGAAGACAAUGGCUCUUUGUUUGACCGUGAGGACUUCCAAGACGUCACUGAGUUCGACGAGAUGGGGGCGGUGUUGUCGCCUGUUUGGAUUGGAAUGAUAGCACCGUUGGAUUUCAACUCGCUAUUUGCGAAGAAUUCAGCCGAGACAGCUAAGGCCAUUGAUGAGGUUCUGCCGGGUUGGAAAGAUUCGGCCUCGCCUGAAGAGCUUUUCGAUUUGUCAUUCGAUCAUUGGGAUAUCCCAUCACUGUCCCGCCUUUCGGAAACUGCAGAACGUCUGCAGCGGCAUCACUUCCUGGACAGCUUGAGUAAAUGGCUUCCGGUACAAAGGAAAUCCAAUCCCGCGUUAUUUGAUGCAAGAUACAAGGGAACAAAGUAUCUAUAUCGCCGAAAAUACUGGUUUUCAGCUACAGCUGCUGCGAUAAGAUUUCUGACCCGGAUGUCAUCAACUCAACGCGGUUAUCUCCAAAAGUUGAUACUAAACGAAGACAGGAUUGCAGUUGGGUUCCCCGAGUCUCAUGCAAUUGGCAUGAUUUCCUUUUGUAAACAAAACCCGAAGCUUCAUGUUGAACAGCGGGUCGACGUUUGGCAAAACCUCGUCAUGAGUUCAGAGUCGCCCAGCGCCUACAGACCGAUCGGUAUCUACUUUGAGCGCAGUGAGCCUGAAGCCGGAGAGGGCCACUAUAUGGACUCAAUCUCUGGGCCAGAUCAGGAUGUCUUCUUCUCUAAUUGGGUUGUGCAUGGAAUGGAAGUCGUCAGGGCGGGAAUGCCUGUCGGCUCAUGGUCCGUCGUUUUUGACGGUAAUCCAGACUUAAACCUUGCUACCGACUUGUUCGCCACGAUUCUCAAGCGUACCAUUGUUUGGCAGACCUUUUACGCCGACUGUGUUUCGUUGGGCCUUUUUGCAGACCCGAGCCAUGCUGACUACCCAUUCGCCACUAUUGCUGCUUCAGAGGAGAGCCCUACAGAAAGUAAGAGAAGCUCAAUCUCCCGAUGCAACUUCAAUCUGGAUCGUCCUUGGAACCUAGAUGAGAUAGCCGCCGAUCACAACGUACAUAAGGAGGCCUUCAAAUGGAAAUUGGACUCUUGGCUGGAUGUUGAAAUUAGUCUGAACUCCCCCUACCCUCUCAGAUUUUCCAUGUUGAGCCCGACGAUAGACCUUGAGAAGCUACGUCUCAGUUGCUUUGAGCGGAAAAUGAUAGCAGACCAUUGA